CGGCGCUCACGGUUGGCUGAGCCGACGAGCAGUCAGGUAGGGAAUCUGCUGCGGGACAUAAACAACAUGUACAUAUUCCUUAUACUCUGUCCUGUUUAAUCUACCUACCUACCUAGCUAGUAAGUUAAGUUUUUUACGAUAAACUUCACGGCGCUUGAGUAACCACUAAAAAUCUUCGUUGCAACAUAUCCGGCACAACACAAGGUCAGACAUGAGGCUCUGCUCUUUUCUUUUGCCCUGCCUGGCAGCAGCCCUGUCAUCCGCCUUUGUGAUUUCACCUCCACACAUGUGGACCAAACUGAUCCUGACUCACCACUGGCCCAGCACCUUCUGUAGUAUGGAACACCCAGUAUGUCAUCCCAACAUUAGCUACUGGACACUACAUGGACUCUGGCCAGAUAAAGGGAUUGACUGCAACUCAUCGUGGCAUUUCAACUCUUCUCAAAUAGAGGACCUUCUUCCAGACAUGAAGACGAGUUGGCCUGACUUGCUUAACCCCUUGUCUGCUUCCUUCUGGAAGUAUGAGUGGCACAAACAUGGUACUUGUGCAGCCAAAGCACCUUCCCUGAAUAGUCAACAUAAAUACUUCAGCAAGGCACUGGAACUAUACCAUAAAGUGGAUCUGGACAGCAUCCUGAAGAAGUUUGACAUCACCCCUUCAGAAAAAUACUACAAACUUUCACAAAUUGAAGGAGUCAUAGAGAACUUCUACAGCGUCAAACCUAAGAUCCAAUGUGUCCAUCCAUCGAAGAAUGCUGAUUUCCAGAUUUUGGGGCAGAUUGAGAUCUGUUUCAACCCUGACUUCACCCUCCUGGACUGUGAGAAACAGUUUACAAUGGAGACAACAUCUAAGGGAGACUGGGACAAUCCUGUUGCGGUUAACAAGGCAUCUGGGUUCAGUGUGUGUGACCAUGAUAUGCCAGUUUACUACCCACCUCUUCCAUAAAACAUAUACUGUACAUGUGCAAACUGAAACGCAGCAGCACACUACAACCCUACUUAUACACACGAAAAAAAAAAAAACAUACAAACAAAUCAACUGUACUGGGAUUUAACAUGUGUGCACACACUGACUAACUAUAAUUCUAUUUUUCUCAGGCUUUACAAUGAACAUAACUGUAAUGAUAAUGUAUGUAAAAAAAUAGCCUUACACAAUCAGUGCAGUUUGAAAACAUUUUUUGACUGCAUUGAAAUGCUGGCUGUAACAGGUACUUGAAAAGAUCUCCUGUGCAAGGGUAUUUUUAUAUCCUACAAAAAACAGGACAGCCACUCAACCACUAUUUAGUGCUUUAAUGGAAUUAUGUCCCCUUCUGACCCUCGCUCUUAGAUGAAUCCAAUAUAGAGCACGGCAUGUUUCUUUUUUCUUCAGCUCAACAGCGUUCAUCAUGGUGAGUUUAGGUAAAGUCAGGGGGGCCGGCGGAUGGAUACUUUGUACAUUAUUGGCAAAUUAGUGGAAACUUACGUCCGAUUCGCAGGUGUUGUUGGUUGUGUAGAUGUCAAAACAUAUUUUGACAGGUGGCCAUAUUUUAUACCACAGUUAUUAUUAUAUAGUAUAUAAUAUAUUAAGUGCCAUCUCUUUUUUGCAGGGAGAAAUUUUUCAUUAUUAAAUAAAUGCUUCUUCAACAUAAUUCUAUCUAUUAAUCACAGUAGCUGAUGUGCUCUAUUGUUAAAUCACUACACAUAAUGUUGGGUAAUAUGCAUAUUUUUUGGGAUCAUUAUUACAUAACACUGCUGCUUUUUAACAACAUCCACAGCUUUCUGGCUGUUUAUUAGCUACCUUCAAAUUUGUGCCAAGUACAUAGGCCACUAAUCAAUGAUGUGCUGUAGCCUGGUAAGGUCUGUCUAUGCUGCUGAAACAGGAUAGCUGGUUGUUUUUGAGUUAAAAACCAAUUUAGAACCAAUGUGUCGACUAGGGAUGUAACGAUUACCGGGGUAACAGUAAACCACAAUAAAAUUGUUAACAAUUACCGUUUAAAAUAUCAUUAUCACGGUGUGAAAACCAUGUGUCUUUCCCAGCUUCACCAGAGACUCCUGAAAUUGGCGCACUGCGUAGCCUACAACGUGCGUUUUUUCAAGUUUGAAUCAUGGCGGAAGGAGGAGAUGAUGGCGCUCAGUAAGCCUGCACAAUUUGCGGAAAAAUAUGAAUCAGUUUUUUUUCGCUGAGAAUUGAUAUCACAAUCCUCUGCCACAAUUUCUUUUGACCAUGACAAAACAAAAUAAAUUGUCAGUACCAAUGCCCAGACUCAUCUGACCUUGCCCCAAUAAUCAGCACCAUGGCUUCUUCUAAGUAGAAAACUGAAACUGAAAAUAGUUGACGCUCACAAAGCAGAACAAGGCUAUAAGGAGAUAACAAAGCGUUUUCAGAUGCCAAUAUCCUCUGUUCAGAAUGUAAUUAAGAAAUGGCAGUCAUCAGGAACAGUGGAAGUUAAAGCAAGAUCUGGAAGACCAAGAAAAAUAUCAGAUCAGAACAGCUCGCAGGAUUGUGGAAAAAAAUCCACAUUUAAAUGCACAAUUCAUCCAAACUUUUGCAGAUGCCACUUUUUUGUUUUUUGUUAUUUUGAAAGUGUAAAUGAUGGAAAUAAAACCUAACUUUUUGUCUAAUCUGUCAUUUGAUGCCUUUUGGAGAUUUUUCCACGUUUUCUUGGCUUCUUUGUGCACAUUAAUACAAAUUUUUACCUAGGGUGCCCAAACUUUCGAGCCUCACUGUAUCUUGAAACGUUAGUCCGAUGGAUUUCAAAGUUGAUUGAAGAUGGUUAUCGUGUCUGCAGAACGUGCUGGAAAAAAGUUGUUGCUAAAGACAUUGAACACACUUUUAAAACACCCAAAACUGUGAUAAUUUUGGUCACUAUACCGUGAGGUUAAUUUUUCAUACCGAUACAUCCCUAGUAUAGAAUAUAAAGUAAAUAUAGUAUCUGGUGUAUAGAGUAAAUGCUUGAGUUUUGUACAUUGUUCAAUUUUUGCCACAAAUGGUUUAUGUCCGUAUAGAUAAAAUCUUUAAAAGUUUCUUAAGGAUCUAGCAAAUGUUUUGGCAAAUGCCGUUUAAUCCUCAACUGAUUUGUAAAAUUACUUGUUUCUAUUGAUGCACUUCGGCUAUGGCUGUUUUUGUGCAUUUAACAAAUCAAUGUAGUGUAAGCUGAAAGGUAAAAUGAUAAUUGUAAUUGCAACUACAGUGGACCACUGCUGUGGUGUGAAAUUACUGAAAUGAACAUUUGUACUGUCAUUUUUUUAAAUGUCAAUAAAACAUUUGAAAGCUA